AGGGGCAGAGAAAUGGAUGAAAGGGAAGUCUUGCCAUCAGAGGCAGAGCUAUGUCUGGAAUUGGAGCAUGAGUGGAUUCCAAAACAUCCCCAGGCUGGGGUGGAGGAGUAGCUCAGUGGUGGAGCACUUGUCUACUUGGCAGGAAGUCCUGGGAUAGAUCCCCAGAGACACAAAAACAAGCACAUCCCUCUUCCUUUCUGGUGCCCCUAAGAGGCGCUUCACAUGUGGAGGUUAGCACCCAGACGCACGGAAAUCAGAGGCUCCAGGGUCCUGCCUACACUCCCGGCCACACGUCCCAAUCUGUCUCUGUGGGAGCGGGGAGGGGAGAGAGGACCAGGGUUGUCCUUGAAUGAGGGAUAACGCAAACAGGACUUCUGGGUCGAGAAUGUUGGGGCUCCCUUCCUCUUGUUCUGAAACCCCAGACUCCGGGGUGGUCCCGGUCUCACACUUAGCGCCCCCGCAUCCCGCUCCCCCCCACCUACCCCCUCCGGGCAGCAGGUGCCUGUGGUCUAGACCAGCCCGUCUUUCCUGGCCUGUUUUUAUUCUGUACUCUAGCCAAUAGCGGGCCAGCUCUCUUUUCCCCAUGGCCAGUCGCACUCCUCUCAUCAAGGACACUUUUCUGAUCCGGAUCCCCUUGCCCUAGCUUCUGGGUAGUUUAGUAGCACUCCGGCCAGACAAAAUAGGACCACCGAGAUGCCAAGACCUCCGCGCGGCCUAGAGCGGUCCCGGAAGUGCCCUCAGGCUGGGGGCGGGACUCCAAGCGUUCUGGCGGCAGCGGGUUUAGCUUCAGCUGCAGCAGAAGAGCGAGGCCGAGACGACCGCGGGUUGGAGGGACUCAGGUGCGGCCACGCCCCGCCCGCCCGCGGCCCCGCCCCAGCCCAGGUGCGCCGCCCCGCCCCGGCUCAGGUUAUGAGAACAGUGAAUGGAGCUCAAAGAAGAGUGUUUUUAAAGACAUAUAGUCAUUGGAAUUGAGAUUCACAAUGGAGGUUCCCUCAGCAACCAAGUUUAGUGAGACCUUUGUGUUUGAGGACAGGUUAGAAACACAGCAAGAACUUUUCCCAGGGGAAGACCUGGGAGACCCUUUUCUUCGGGAAAGAGGUUUGGAACAAAUGGCUGUUAUUUACAAGGAGAUCCCUCUUGGGGAGCAAGACUUGGAACAUGAUGAUUACGAGGGGAAUUUCAGUCUUUGUUCCAGCCCUGUUCAGCCUCAGAGUAUCCUCCCAGGAACCAGACCCCAGGAUGAGGACAUAUUUGGCCAAGCCUUUCUUGAGAAAACCGACAUCAGUGUGUGUCAGAUCAUCCACGGUGAAGAGUGCAGUCCACAAGCUCGUGAAGAAGCAGGCAGCGGGGACUUGGGGCUUAAUACACCUCACAGAACCCCACAGCCAGCCAAACCCUAUGCAUGUCGCGAGUGUGGGAAAGCCUUCAGCCAGAGCUCACACCUCCUGCGACACCUGGUCAUCCACACUGGGGAGAAGCCCUACGAGUGCUGCGAGUGUGGCAAGGCCUUCAGCCAGAGCUCGCAUCUUCUCCGCCAUCAGAUCAUCCACACUGGUGAGAAGCCGUAUGAGUGCCAGGAGUGUGGGAAGGCCUUCCGCCAGAGCUCAGCCCUCUCACAACACCAGAAAAUCCACACUGGGAAGAGGCCCUACGAGUGCAGGGAAUGCGGGAAGGAUUUCAGCCGGAGCUCCAGCCUCCGAAAACAUGAGCGAAUUCACACCGGAGAGAGACCUUAUCAGUGUAAAGAAUGUGGGAAAUCCUUCAACCAGAGUUCAGGCCUGAGCCAGCAUCGGAAAAUCCACACCCUAAAGAAACCCCACGAAUGUGAUCUCUGUGGAAAAGCCUUUUGUCAUAGGUCCCACCUCAUUCGGCACCAGCGGAUUCACACAGGGAAGAAACCUUACAAAUGUGAAGAGUGCGGAAAGGCCUUCAGCCAGAGCUCCAACCUCAUUGAACAUCGGAAGACCCACACUGGUGAAAAACCCUACAAGUGCCAUAAGUGUGGGAAAGCUUUCAGCCAGAGCUCCUCGCUUAUUGAGCACCAGCGGAUCCACACUGGGGAGAAGCCCUACGAGUGCUCUCAGUGCGGCAAGGCCUUCUGCCACAGCUCUGCACUGAUUCAGCACCAGCGGAUCCACACUGGCAAGAAGCCCUAUGCCUGUGAAUGCGGCAAGGCCUUCAGACACAGGUCCGCUCUCAUUGAGCAUUAUAAAACGCACACCAGAGAGAAGCCCUAUGUGUGCAAUGUGUGUGGCAAGUCUUUCCGAGGAAGCUCACACCUGAUCCGGCAUCAGAAGGUCCAUGCUGGGGAGAAGUUCUAGAAGGGGAAGCCCCACCACUGCUUGGAAGCCUUUAUUAGAUGGAGUCCAUAUCCAUGUCACUUUGGCUCUAAGACCCCACCUACUUCCCCGAUAACCUUGCCAGGUGGACACCCUCCAACAGGGCCCUCCUGAGCAUCCCUGCUAUCAUGAAGCCCCGUGUGGCAUCAUGGUCUCAACACAUUUCCUGGGUAGAAGGAAAGGGGCACACGGGGAGGUGAGCCCACAAAAAAGAGCUGGCUUUCAGCUCUUAUUCUCACAUUUGACUCCCAAGCCUACAGAUGAGAUUUUGUUUUUCCCUGUCUCUGCUUUUCUCAGUGUCUGGAAGAAGACUAUGUCAAGAGGCAGAAAGUAGAGAUAAACCCAGGAAAUUUAGAUGUACUCUUUAAGUCAGGCAGCAGAAUGGCCCUCUCAGAAGAGAGCACAUUACAGUCCAAGUCAGCUGAAGGAAAUGAAUUCAAAAGUAGAGGUGAAAGAGGCAAAAUGGAAAUCUCUACCUGGGUUAGGCAUUGAUGGUGACAACCAAAACAUGUUACCAAGGCAGAGGAGGGUCCAGAAGGACUGAUUUGGGGGUUAAGGAAGGUGGUGACCCCCUGGGCAUGGUCUCAUAACCCUCUGCUUAGCCUGAGAGUGGAGUCUGUCAGUGGAACUAUCACAAGGGAGCAGAGGUUUGACCUUUUUGUGGUCAGGAUGUUUGACACCCAUGACUCAGCUGGGUGUUAGCUACUGUGCCCUUCAGGAACAACCCCUCCCUGAGACCUAGUGCUCCAAGAGCACAGUGUGCCUUGGAUGCCAGCAGGGCCCACUUCUGGUCUGGCAGUUACACUGAUUCCUCUCUUUGCUCCUUGAUGUUGGAAGCAGGUGAUUUGGGAGGUGCAGGCCAAGGUCAAAUCAUAAGGUCUAGUUUCAAUCAUGAUUUGACUAGUCUGCAAAUAGUGUGUUUCCUGGAUUACACAUAGAAUGGUUUCAUGAGGUAUUCUGAUAAAUGUGAUUUUUAAAA